UGUCUUAUAAAUUCAACAAGAAAUGAGGAAAACAGCCGCAGUUUUAAUUUUUUGAAAAUAAGAAAUUGUUAAAGUUUAGCGGAACAAAAGAAUUCUUUGAAACUUUUUAGUCAAGUAAGUUAAUAAUUGAGCAAGUAAAACGCACUGAACUGAGGUCGCUUCAGUAAAAAAAGAAAUUUAAAAAUUCGAAAAUAUAAUAAAAUUAAUUUCUAAACAAAAUGCGAGCUGUAGCAGGAGAGAGUAGACGCUUGUGGCAGCAGACGAUUUGGUCAGGCGCCACCAAGCUGAAAAACAUGAUCAAGAGAAGAGAACUCUCCCGCCUCGUCAUCCUCUACACGUGCCUGUGUCACGUGACUGCCGUCAGCUCCUGUGGGGACCACCAGCUCAGAAAGUAUCAAGCAGUCAUAAAUAAAAUCUCCGAAAAGUACCAGGUUACUGCCCUUGCCACUGUGUUGGGCAUGCUAAAGGAAACUAACCCAGAUGUGUACAAAAUACUAAACAGCGAGUGGCAGCGGUACACGAACUGUGUCGGCCUAGUGGACACCGGCUACUUCAAAAGGUCAGGCUUCUCAAGGUCAAAGGAUGAGGUCACGGCCGAGGACAGCUCGGAACUAGCCGAAGGGAACACGCCAAAGGAACUGGGAUCAUUGUCCUCACUCUACCAGAUCUUGACGCGCUUGGACGAUAGCCAACCAUCUUCGAACACGAUAAGCAAUCUGUGACGUCACUUAUGACGUCACCCACGACGUCACGCGUGACUUGCCAAGGGUUGAAGGUCGGGUGUGGAGCAGAGC